CAGUCCCGAAGGCUCACUGCUGAAUGAGUAACCAUUUACACAACACUUCCAUGCUCUGCCACAACAGUAGGGUGAGAAUAGCCCAGAAGAAAAAUAAAGCGAAUGUGCUCCUUUGCAUUUAAACUUUCAGUCUGAAGAUGUAACCAGGAUACUGAGCUGCUGACAGGUAGGCCUGAUACCAAACACUACAAAGUUAAAAAUGUUUACAUUUUGUUAUAGUGCUCCUUUUUGUUGUAGUUUCAAGAUGAAUAGUCGAAGCCCUGCAAGUCAACUUAAAGCGCAGGCACCAAUGAUGCAUGCCAAGGCUCUGCUUCCAGGACCGUGAAAGGAUGCCAAGCCGUUCUGCUUUUAAUUACAGAAGUAUUACACCUCCUGCUCCAAAGACUGCAAGCACAGCUUUGACCACUUUUCCUCGCCAUCCGCUUCCUGGGGGUUAGGAGAAGAGUGCCCCUGACUCAGUCCAGCUGGCACCACUGCAGACAAGCCGACGUGCUGACACAUCCUGGUUAUGAGGGGUGCGAGGAGAUCACUUGGAUCCCAGAAUACAUGAUUCUCACACAAGAAAACUGAAAUACAUCAUGCAGUACACAAGUGAUAUGUUCAGACAAACAAAACACAAAUCAAGAGCUACAUACACCUGGCAAGUAUGGGCCAUCUACAUCGUCUUAGUUGUAAAUUUCUCCAGAGAGCAAGAGACGAAGCAGACUUGUCCUUCCUGUGACACUACUGAAAUUUGCAACUGCUCUUCCAUGGGCUUGCACUUCAUUCCACCUGGGCUCACAGCCAAAACCACGGUGUUAAACCUGGCCCACAACAGGAUAAAGCACAUCCAAUCCCAGGACCUGUGGCAGGCUGUGAACCUGAGAGCCCUGCUGCUGCAGUCCAACAAAAUCAGCUCAAUAGAUGAGGAUUCGUUCCGCUCCCUUGGGAAACUGGAGCUCUUGGACUUGUCAAAUAACAGCUUGGCUCAUUUGUCCCCUGCGUGGUUUGGGCACCUCUUUUCACUCCAGCACCUCCACCUGCAAGGCAACUCCUACAGAGACCUGGGCCAAACCUCCCUGUUUUCUAACCUGAUGAACCUGAGCUCUCUCCACCUGGGCAACCCCUGGUUCUCCACAAUAAGGCAAGGGAACUUUGAGGGCGUUGUCCUUCUUGACAAGCUGUGGAUCGAUGGUGGCAACCUCAGCCAGUACGAGCCAGGAAGUUUGGAGCUGAUUAGGAGGAUAAAUCACAUGAUCAUAAACAUAAGAAAUAUUAGCAUAGUCUCAGCAAUUGUGAGGGACCUUCUGUACUCUGUCACUUGGUUAGAAGUGAGAAAAAUUGACCUCAACGAGCCUGCUGAAACACAACAAUUGAGAAUCAUGUCUAGCUCCUUUGCAAACAAAAUUUCCUUCAAAGAGAUCUUAAUAACAGAUGCCACUGUUCCUGAGACUGUCAGCAUUGUAGCAGACAUGCCAAAAUUAGAGGAGGUUGAGUUUAUAAACUGUAGACUGGUGGGAACUGGACGAUGGAAAAUGCAAAUUCAUGUAAAUCAGUCAAAGACUAUUAAAGUUAUGACAAUAGAGAAAUUAUAUAUAGAGGAAUUCUAUUUGUUUACAGAUCUUCAGAAUGUGGAAGGUCUAGUAAGCCUUCUUACCAAAGUCACUGUUGAAAACACCAAGGUCUUUUUGGUACCAUGCAGGCUUUCACAACAUCUUCGAUCAUUAGAGUAUCUUGACCUUAGUUCAAACUUGCUUGGAGACCAGAGUUUGAAGCAUUCGGCAUGUCGGGGUAGUUUGCCCUUACUACAAACUCUAAAUUUAAGUAAAAACUCACUGAGUGACUUAGGAAUGACAGGUAAAAGUUUGUCUCAUCUGAAACACCUAGUUCUCCUAGACAUUAGCCAAAAUAAUUUUGGCGAUAUUCCAGAUGUGUGUGAAUGGCCAAAGACACUGAAAUAUUUAAACCUCUCCAGAACUCAAAUUCUUAAGGUAACGACUUGCAUUCCCCCAACGCUGGAAGUGUUGGAUGUUAGUGCGAACAACCUGAAGGAGUUUGGACUGCAGCUCCCGUUUCUGAAAGAGCUAUACCUUACCAGAAACCAGCUGAAGACCUUGCCUGAUGCAGCACCCAUCCCUAACUUAGUGGCCAUGUCAGUCAGAAGAAACAAGCUCAACAGUUUCUCCAAGGCAGAGCUCGAGUCCUUCAAGCACAUGGAGCUGCUGGAUGCCAGCAACAACAACUUCAUCUGCUCCUGUGAGUUCCUCUCCUUCAUCCACCACCAGGCAGGACUGGCACAGGUGCUGGUGGGGUGGCCAGACAAGUACGUGUGUGACUCUCCCCUGGCAGUGAGAGGGGCUCAGGUUGGAGCCGUGCACCUCUCGCUGAUGGAGUGCCACCGGUCCCUCAUUGUGUCGUUGAUCUGCACCCUGGUGUUCCUGGCCAUUCUCUCCCUCGUGGCUGUCGGCUACAAGUACCACAUGGUCUGGUACCUGAGAAUGACCUGGGCAUGGCUGCAAGCCAAGCGCAAGCCCAGGCGAGCUCCCCCAAAGGACCUCUGCUACGAUGCUUUUGUCUCCUACAGCGAGAAUGACUCGGACUGGGUGGAGAACGUCAUGGUGCGGGAGCUGGAGCAGGCCUGUCCCCCCUUUCGGCUCUGCCUCCACAAGCGGGACUUUGUGCCUGGGAAGUGGAUUGUGGACAACAUCAUCGACUCCAUCGAGAAGAGCCACAAAACGCUCUUUGUGCUGUCCGAGCACUUUGUGCAGAGCGAGUGGUGCAAAUACGAGCUGGACUUCUCGCACUUCCGCCUCUUUGAUGAGAACAACGAUGCAGCGAUUCUCAUCCUUCUGGAGCCCAUCCAGAGUCAAGCGAUACCCAAGAGGUUCUGCAAGCUGCGGAAGAUCAUGAACACCAAGACCUACCUGGAGUGGCCUUCUGGUGAGGAGCAGCAGGAGAUGUUUUGGGAAAAUUUGAAAGGAGCCUUGAAGAUGUAGGACACGUGAACAGCCCCUAUUUUGGCAUCUUUCACAUAAUAUAUAUGUCAGUGUUUCUUCUUGCUAAGAAAUUUUUCCUUCCUGUUUUCCUGCCUAUGAAGAACUGGCUUUGUUGGAUAUAGAAAUAAUUGUCUUUCUAAAUGAGGAAGACCUGCGUUAGGCUUUACAGUGAUUUAGUACGCUGAUCUGUCAAAAUCCCUGCCAAUGACUAUGAUAUUUGGAAGACCUGUUGGACUCCAUAUACUUAAGUUUAUACAAAUACAUUUAGAUGGUAUUUCUGUACUUUUUCCUCCUGUUGCCAUGUUCCUGACUAGGUCCUAACAAUACUAUUGUAAUUUACAAAUUAGAGUAAAAGCCAAGUGUUUCAA